UCACUUCAACAUGCCUGGCUGUCAACAAAUGUCACUGUUCAAUACGUCAAAAAUGGAGGAGGACCGUCUUUUCGACGAGAGAGUUUCAAUUCGAGAAUCUGCUCGACCAUUGAAAAAAUACGGCAGCACUUGCAAUCAUAUGAAAAGGAACGAAGAAUACAUUAAGCAUGUCAUGUCUAAAGGUGAUACGCUGCAAGGAAUCGCUCUGAAAUAUGGUGUAACUAUGGAGAAAAUAAGGAGAGCGAAUCGGCUAUUUGCCACGGAUAGUUUGUUUUUGAGGGAGUAUCUUCUUAUACCCGUGACAAAAGAUUCCCCUUUCUACGAGAAUGGGGAGCGAGUGACUGAGCCAGCGCCGCCCAGCCAUCGAGCGUCAAUCGCUGGGAUGCCUACUAGAGACUUUUCGCCAGGCAGUCCAGACGAAAAGAAAAGUUUUGACGACUUUUUGAAUAGGCUAGACUCAUCCCUGGCAGAUAUAAAGAAACAUGUUGAAAAGUCCAAGGAAAACAGUGAAUUCGUGAAAGAAAUCGACGAGGGCUUCGUGAGACACCGCCCGACCGCCCGCUUGCGGCAGUCAGCGUCAAUGGGCGCGUCCACGUCGUACAACGAGGUGAUCCCGCCGCCGCUGCCGCCGCCGACCGCCACCCUGACCCAGGGUCGCCGGGUCGACUCCUCGCUGAAGCGUCUGGAGAGAGCGCACGACGACCUGUUCCAGUUGUAGCGGUCGAGGCAGCGCAGGUAUGCGCGGUUCCAAUGAACGUGACGCCUGCGGCUGAGACGUCCAGCAUCCAUAUUACGUAAGGCGAUUGCCCCCAGACGCCAUGAAGUCGCUAUCAUCGUGAUAGCAACUACGGCUGUCAGGACUCAGCGAUCGCCAUCCGUAAUAGCACCGCGUACGGUGAGCGCGUGAGGUCACCUCCACAUGGACACUAUCUGUGAGUGAUGACGUUUUAGUCCUAUGAACACAAGUAAAAGUAAUCUAAUAAUUUUAAGUAUAGUUAAAUAUAACACCCAACAGUCGAUAGCUUUGGUAGGCUGACGUUGAAAGGUCCGAGUGUCUGAAAAAUAGUUUGCUAUGAACGAAAACAGUUCCAGGUUCUACAUUUUGUACAGACGAUAGCACAUCAAGAUGAAAACUCAUAUUAUGUAGUUACAAUAGACACUAAAGUACGAGUAGCUGUGUUUUCGACUGUACAUCUUACAUUAUUUUGUUCAUAAACAUGAUCAUCUUUGCCGAUAUACGCAAAAUUUGGGCCUUCACUCGCUUUGCUACUUCGGAGUAGCAAAGUUAUAGGACGUGCAAGGACCGCGUACAUAUUUAAUAUGACCAGAAUUUGGUUAUAAAUGUAGAGAAAUAAUACCUUGCUUGACAAAAAUAAGCAAAUUAAUGUCACAUUUAUUUCAGUUAAAACUUCUUUAUAAGGGUAGCUGAUUGUAUAUUGGUCAAAUCAAUAUGUUUAUCCAUGAUUAACCCAAAUAGUAUGUUAAUGAUUUGCAAAUCUGAAUGUAAUCUUGAGAUAAAAUAAGUGUAUCUAGUAAAUCAGUACCGAAUUAUCAAUGACUGAUUCAUUGAUAUUUGACCUGUUGGCCAAAUAAUAUGUACCACUGUAAUGCAUCAAGACGCUAUAUUAAAUAAUAAAUUGAAACGAUGUUGUUAUAAAAUCUCCAAAAUUACAUCCUAUUUACACGUAAGCAAAAAACAGAAACGAAUUUUCAGAUUGUGUGUGAACUUGUAUCUCCAAAUAAAACCUGGCAGCUAGUCAUUAAGACCAUAGGUAUGCACAAUGGCAACAAUUUACUAACCAAUAGGUUAGUAAAUUGUUAAGUACUUCCUAAAGUACAUAAUAAUGUACUGUAGGAAGUACUUUAUCGCCGCUUUCUAUGUACUGUAUACAGAUAUUCAAUCUCGAACCUCACGCAGCUCACUGGAUGGUCAAGUGAUAAAUUACUAUUCAUAAUAAAUAUAGAUAUUAGCUAGGUAAUGCGUAUAUUAUAUGAAUAUGUAUCAGCCCUUUUAAGAAACCGGUCUUACCGCUGCCUCUGACAAGACCAGCUCAUAGACAAAGUAACAUUCGAUAUUUAAAUUCGAGAAUUUAAAUUAGAAAUGACGAAAGCUUUCGGCGACUAGUUUGACCGAAGCUAUCUAAUGCCACGUAGAUUAUAAAAUAUUUCAUAGACAUAGAUUUACUGGCGCUUAUUAACUAGCGGAGCGAAAUCGUUUCGAGACGUUACUUUGUCUACAAGCUAUAGCGAUAGAUAGACAUAGACAAUACAUAAUAUUGGUUGUUAUAUGCAAAGUCGUAUUUGCAUUUUUUGUUUUAGAAUUAUCUAUUUAUUUAAAUUGGUACAUGCAAAAUUCCAUAAUGCUGUGAGAUGUAAUUAUAUUUUUAGCGAACAUAGUAAAAUAAAUUAGCCUAUUUGAUGAAUUAGCUAAAUGCAGUAAAGGUCACAUUAUGAGAAAUCAUAGCCUCUAAAUGUGUAGCAUUCUACCGAUAAGUCAAGAUGAGUAUCUAAUAAAUUAUGUGUUAGAUAUGAAUACGUCCACGUAACCAAACAAUAUACAUAAACGUAACUAAAUAAUAAUGCCUACCUACAUAAAAUAUAUGGGAUUUUCUUACUAAAAUAUGAAUGUUGCUAUUUUAACUGUAGGCAAAAUAUACAUUAAAAAAAACUGAAUUAAAUAGCGUUGACUCGUUUUAUAUUAUAGAUUUCCUAAAAUAUGGCAAAUAAAUUACGCAUAUUUAAACAUAGCAUAUUAAAACCUAAAUUAAUAAUAUAUCCAUACUUGUUUUUAAAGUAAAUCAUAAU